AUGGCCACCAUACACGCAAAGACGCAGUGGAGCGAGGGCGAACUCGCCGUUCAGGACCUCCUGCGCGUCCCGACGCGGCCAAAUCCGACGGCGCAUGGCCUCCCCAUUCACUACAUCAGCCGCGUGCAGGAAGCCCCCCUGGUGGCCGUCGGCACCCUCGACGCCGACGCCCGGCCGUGGACGAGCAUCUGGGCCGGCGAGCCGGGCUUCGUCCGCGCCAUCGCGCCGAAUGUGGUGGGCAUGCGGUCCCUCGUCGACAAGGCCAACGACCCAGUCGCCGGCGUUCUCUUUGGCGACCUCGCGGACGGUGAGGUCUUCAGCGACCCGGAUGCGGCGGGCGGGGGCCGGCCCAUGAGCGCGCUGGCUAUUGACCUCGAGAGCAGGGACCGGGUCAAGCUGGCUGGCAGGCUCGUCGCUGGCGUAAGGAGCGCCGGUGCCGCGGACGAGGUUGGCGAUGUGCAGCUGGCCAUGGCCGUGGCCGAGAGCAUCGGCAACUGCCCCAAGUAUCUGAACAAAAAGGGCAUCCGGCUGCACGUGCCCGAGCCGGAACUCGUCUCGGACGCCCUGCCGCUUCCGGUCCGGGCGCUGGAGAUCCUGGAGACGGCCGACAUGUUCUUCAUGUCCACGUCGGAUGGGGGAGGCGACAUGGACACGAACCACCGCGGCGGCCCGCCGGGCCUGCUGAGGGUUGUCAGCAACGGCGAGGGGGACGCGGGUGUCGUUCUCGCGUACCCCGAGUUCUCGGGCAACAGGUUCUACUCCAGCCUCGGGAACCUGCAUGUGAAUGAUAAAGUGGGCAUCAGCGUCCCGGACUUUGGUACCGGAGACGUAGUGUACCUCACGGGAAAUGCGAGGCUGCUCGUCGGCGAGACUGCGGCCAGGCUGCUGCCGCGCACCAAGGUCGCCGUGAGGAUCGAGGUCAAGGCCGCAAAGGUGGUCAGGGAUGGGCUGCCAUUCAGAGGCGAGGCUGGUGAAUUCAGCCCAUACAACCCUUCUGUGAGACGGCUCGCGACCGAGAUCGCAGCCGGACUGGGCGUGGCCGAGGUUCAAGGUAGCGGGGGGAUUGCUGUCGCAGUGCUGAAGCAAAGGCAGGUGCUGUCGCCCACGAUCACGAGGUACACGUUCGCCCUGCAGCCCCCAGCAAGGUCCCUGAAGGGUCGAGUCGGAACUUGGACGACGGCGCAGCACGCCACGUUUGACUUUUCGUCGGAGCUGGACGCCGGCUACAGCCACAUGCGGGAUGACGAUCCGCAGAGCCUCAACGACGACUUUGUGCGCACCUUUACCGUGUCGAACCCGCCGGUAUUUUCGUCGUCGUCGUCGUCGUCGUUGUCGUCAUCUGCUGGAGAGGGCAGGUCGCGGGACGAUGAAUUGCAAAUCACCGUCAGGACCAACGGGCCCGUCACGAGGCUACUGCGGAACUGGAACUUAAGAGCUCCUCUCGAGAUACCCGUGAUGGCGUUUGGGGGUGGGAACCUGCGGAUCCCAUCAUCAGCGGAUGAUGAAGCACGUCCGGCUGUCUUCAUCGCCACGGGCGUCGGGAUAACGCCGCUUCUCUCCCAGGCGGGUGCGCUGCUGUCCGCUCAGCAAUGGUCGGCAGGGGCCCGUCUUAGUGUCCUGUGGAGCUUGCGGAGGGAGGACCUGCCCUUCGCGGUGGACGAGUUCAAAAGGACGCCUGGGCUUGGGGCUGUGACGAAGUUAUAUGUCAGUGACCUGGAGUCGGCAGCAACGGAUGAGGGUGGCAGUGGUCCACAGGCAGAUACGGGCCGGGAGAUCGGGGCGUCGCUUGUCGUUGCUGGCAGGCUUACGAAGCAAAGUCUUCUUGAUGCUGCCCGGAACGAAGACGGGGAUCUGAAAGCCAAGUUCUAUAUAUGCGCUGGACCUGCAGCUACAAAGACAAUUACUGAAUGGUUGGCUGAUCAGGAUGUAAUUACCGAGAGCUUUGACUACUGA